CCACCUGCUCCUCAAACAGAAAGCGAUAGCUUCAGUGCUAACGAAAUUGACUGAACCCCUGCGUGAUGCCGGUGUGUGAUAUCUGCAGUGAGGAGCUCAUGUGUGACUCUGAGCUGAAGACUCAUCUUCUCCUGACUCACCUGGAGAACGAGGCAUCAUGUCCGCUCUGUUUCCUCUCAGGUGUUUCCUACGACGAGCUCAACUACCACUUCAACACAGCACACGUGGACAUGGACGCCCAACACACACCUGGUACAGGUGAUCUCAGACUGAUGGGAUUAGCAGAUACAAAACCAGAUCAAUCAGAGAGAGCUUCAGAUUUACCUGGUGUUUCUACCUCAUCAGGAUCUCAGGAUUUACUGGGUGCAGCAGAGACGCCAGUCAGAUCUCCUGUCAGAUCUCCAGUCAGAACUCCACUUAGAUCUCCAGGGGCAGCAAGCAGCCAUAGAAAGAAUCGAGAAGGUUUGAUGGAACAUCACAAGUCCAAACAGAAACGCCUCUCUUCACCCCAAAAAGAGAAGAAGUUCUCGUGUCCCAUGUGUAGUUUGGUCUGCACUGAUUGUUUCCUUCUUCAGGAACACGUCGAGCUGCAUCUCCAGCACCAAACCGUUCCUGAAGAUCUCUCAGCAGACCUGAGCUUGGCGACACGGCUGCAGGAGGGAGAGGAGAGGAGGAGGAAGGAAGAGGAGACCAAACGAGAGGCUGAAGAUUUUAAACGUUUACAGAAACAGUUUGGGAUGGAUAACGGUGGAGGUUACCGUAAGCAGAUGGAGAGGAACAUGGAGCGAGCCGUAUCUCGAGGUCACAUGACUCCCUCUGAGUUCCACAGGAAGCGAGUGGAGAUGAUGGAGACUCUGGCGUCAGGAGUAGAUGACGGUCGAACCAGAACCUCAGGUUUGAUGUCAGCACUGUAUGAUCAUUACCAGCGUGAGAUUCGGGACGUGGCCCGGGUGUGGCUGUGUUCUGAAGCGGAUCACUUCUCCUCGUCAGAAGGAGAUCACGGGUGGGGCUGCGGCUACAGAAACUUCCAGAUGCUGCUGUCGUCCUUACUGAGACUCGACCUGUACACCGGCCUCAAAACACUGCCUGACUCGUUACCCAGCAUCCCACAGGUCCAGGCUCUGAUUGAGGCGGCAUGGGCGGAGGGUAUUGAUCCUCAGGGUGCGUCCCAAUUCAACCGGAGACUAAAAGGCACUCGCGCCUGGAUCGGAGCCACUGAGAUCUACGCCGUCCUCACUUCCCUCCGACUCAGGGGGCGCAUCAUGGAUUUCCACCAGCCCACCGGUCCCAGUGAUACACACCCCCGACUGUUUGAGUGGGUGAAGAAUUACUUCUGUGCUCCGUACAGCGGGGGCCCUAGAACCCCCCCCAGAGUGGUGAGGACCAACCUGCCACCAAUUUACCUCCAACACCAAGGACACAGCCGGACGAUCGUAGGUGUAGAGGAGAAGAAGAACGGCAGCGUGUGUGCGCUCAUGUUUGAUCCGGGAUGUUCUUCAGCAGAAACGAGGAAGCUCUUGAGUCCGGGCGCUAAAUCCACUUCCUUUAAUCGCCUCCGACGGUUCCCCUCCCACCUCAAACACCGACAGUACCAGGUGGUGGUGGUGGAGGGGGUACUGACCGAGCAGGAGAAACAGGACCGUGUGUGUAAUUCCAGGACUCUUCGUGCUGAGAGAAUCCCGUAGUGCUUCCACACUGCAGAUCUGAGCUUUUAUACUCAGAACACUGAGAGUAAAUGUGGGUGAGUGAGUGAGUGAAUGAGUGAGUGAGUGAGUGGGUGGGUGAGUGAGUGAGUUUUUACUGAGAUGAAAUGAUAAUAAAAUGUAAUUAUUUCAGA